AACACACACACACACACACACACUUACACUUACACACCCACACACACACCCACACACCCACCCACACACACACACACUUACAAACAACCGAACUGGACCUCGUACACAGGCGCACACGCAGACAGCGACAUGUCGGUUCACGAGGUGUCCGCGUGCGCCCGGCCGUUCCAGCUGCUCGCGCUGCUCUGCGUGUUCCUCGCGCUCUCUCUGGACGUGGCCGCGCUCGCGAGUCCCGCGUGGGUCACGGCGGACGGGCUCGAGCUCUCACUGUGGCGGUACUGCACGCGCACCGGAGCAGCGUGGACCUGCUCGUCCACCCUCAGUUCCGAUUGGCAGAUCGCUACGCUGGUGUUGUUGUUAUCCGGCGCCUCGGUGACGUUGCUGUCGUUUCUCGUGGCUCUGAUCUCGGUGUGCAGAGGAACCAACAGUAAACACCAGCGCACCAUCGCCGUCUUCCUCUUCACAGCGGUGGUCCUGCAGUCCUGCGCUCUGGUCCUCUAUCCAAUCAAGUUCAUCGACGGGAAGCUGCUCCAGACGUACCACGAGUUUAACUGGGGUUACGGACUGGGAUGGGGAGCUACCAUUUUUAUGCUGGGCGGGGGGGUGCUGCUGUGCCUCCGGACGGACGCGUACGAGGACGGAAUGUACUGAAGCUAAAACCGACACGGCGGUAGUACGUACCUGGUGCAUCCAGAACUGACUGAUGAACGUAGCUACCCGUAGCUACCCAGAGCACAUUUAGCAAAACAUUUUAUUAGCGGUUGUCAGUAUAACGCGGCUACAUUCAUAAGGACGUUGCAGAACACAGAACAGUGGGCGUGUCUGAGUGAGGCAUGUGGGCGUGUCUGUGACAGGUGGGCGUGUCUGUGACAGGUGGGCGUGUCUGAGCCCAAAUAUUUAAAUUUAAAGCAUAAAUAUGAACCUCAAAAGCAGUCUAGUUAGCAUACAUUAGCUACAUUGCUAGAAUUAGCAUUUAAUAAUGUUUACAGAUAUGCAAAUAAUUCUGCACUGGAUCUGUACGGGCCCCUGUGGGGAGGCCCCUGAAAGAGCCCUUAGUCCCUCAGGGCCCAAAUAUGAUGCCUCACCUCAUCCCUAAAUGUUUCUGUAAGUGCAGUAUAGGCUAACGCUAACCCAUUUGGUUUUUGUAAGUUUUUUGAUUUCCAAAGUUUAGCAUGCAGCUAAAGCUAAAGCUAGGUUCUCUCAGACUUAUAAUGUGUAGCAUUUUUUAACUUACCUUUUUUUCAAAAGGUUAGCUAACUGGCUAGCUAACCAGCUAGAGUGUUUAUGUUUAAAUAAAGACUAGCGGUUAUGUUACUUGACUAAUUGCUUAGCAAAAUCUGUAGCUGCAGUGAGCAGCUAGCUGGGUAAGCUAAUUAGCGCUGCAGAGUUUAGCUAAUGUUCACAGCAGUAGUCUGACGUUGCAGACGUAUCUGAUCUUUUAUAAAGAUCUUUAUGAUUGGUUAAUAGUGUUACUUUAGCUCCGCCCCUGUUGUAUUACUCAUGAGGAUCAGGGCGUGUGAUUGGACGCGUGACCUCGACCCGGAUAAGAACGUUAGCAUGAAUUCUGAGGGUUUGUUGUUAGCGUGAUUAGAAUCAGACUGUAGAUUUCCUGGUGUGAUUAAAUUGUACGUUUCUGUUAUUAAAGACGUUUUUUACUCUGAAUGUUGAAUCUUAAGCAUUAAAGACGAUUUAGAGAUGAAAUUAUAUGUUUGAAGUUUAAUGUUGAAUGAUUUUGCUGGAGUUUUGUGUGGAAGCGUUACUGGAUUAGCGAGAGAGUUUAAUGCUGUGUGCGUUUGUUUAUUCCUGCAUUUAAUAUCAAUAAAAAUACAGUUUCAUAAA